GAAAGAUGAAUGAGAAAGAAGGAAUAAAAAGACAAAGCGAAAAGGGAUUUUAAUUUAGAGCAAAAUCAUAGGAUUCGUCGCUUUCCACAGCUUCGUCUCCUUUAUCCAAACCGUUUUGAUUAUUAUUUUCCAGGAAAAAAAAGUAGGAGGAAAAUUAUUCAGAGAAUUAUUGCUUCUCCCUAACGCCUAGAACCGUCUUGCAUCUUAAGCAAAGGUCUAAAGCAGCGAGAUCAUUAGAUAACGCUGUUACUGCUUAUAGUGUGUGGAAGAACAACAACACACUUUGGGUUUAUUUAUUCAUGUGGCCUCUUUGUUUUCUGCUCAACAAGAUUUUGAAAGUCCAGGGGAGAUCAGAAGAAGGACAAGAUGGAGAUUCCAUUUCUCCUAAAUAUUCACAGUUUGAUCAUUCCUUUGUUACUACUAGUCAUGGCAGCCUCAAUGCUCCAUCCUCGUCGUCCCACAUGGAAGUCCCUCAUGUACAUCAGCUAGCUUCGUGGGACUGUGGCCUCGCUUGUGUUCUCAUGGUUCUCCGAGCUAGCGGCAUCACUAGCUGUACUAUUGAGGAUCUGGCUGAGAUUUGCUCCACAAAUAGCAUUUGGACUGUUGAUCUGGCAUAUUUACUGCAAAGGUUCUGCGUGGAAUUUUCUUAUUGCACAAUCACAUUCGGAGCUAAUCCAAAUUACUCCAUUGAGGAGUUUUACAAGGAGCAGCUCCCUGAAGAUCUGCUGCGUGUGGAUUUACUCUUUAGAAAAGCACAUGAAUCUGGCAUUGUUAUACAGUGCAGGUCAGUUAGUAUCGAUGAGAUUUCUUGUUUGCUACUGUCGGGGAACUAUAUCGCCAUUGCAUUAGUCGACCAAGACAAGCUAAGCAAGUCUUGGUUGGAGGAAGUGAUUGUCGCUGGUCUUCACAGCAGCAACUCCAGCUACACUGGUCACUACAUUGUGAUAUGUGGCUACGAUGCUGUAAAGAAUGAGUUCGAGAUCAGAGAUCCCGCCAGUUCCAAGAUGCACGAGAGAGUCUCGUCAAAAUGCCUAGAGAAUGCCCGGAAAUCGUUUGGUACAGACGAAGAUCUUCUCCUGAUUAGCUUGGAGAACAUGAAGAAGCAGAAAGAAUAGUUCUCUAUCUUCUUCAUCAUCAUCAAAUGAGUGUGGAUUAAAAUGAAACCCACCCGAGUGUUCUAUCCCAGAAGAGCAAUACUAGUUUACAUAUACAUAUAUAUAUAUAUAUACGUAUAAAUGGAUGUUGCCCAACAUAUUCAUAUAGAGGUUCAUGGAUCAUAAGUGAGUAUAGGUUUGACAUUGAUCAGAUUUGUCUCUGUUUCUAAGCUGUUAUAGUUAUUCCUUGUUGUACAAAUCGGUUUUGUCAUAAAAGUCCCUUUAGGAUGUGAAUGCAAUAUAAGAUUUGAUUGA